UACAUACAUAAUUUUUCACAAACAUCUCAUCAAUAAAUCUUGAUUUGAUAAAUAUUUUUUAACAACUCAAAAUGAACUUUUCAAAAACCUUCGCAUAUGUUACAUGUUUCAUUGUCAUAACCCUAGCCCUUACUCAAAAAUGCCAUGCACAAAGUUUACCACAAGACUAUGUCAAUUCCCACAAUUCUGCUAGGACCGCGGUGGGUGUUGUGAACAUACAGUGGAAUACCACAUUGGCUACCUAUGCCCAAAAUUAUGCCAACCAAAGGAUCGCCGAUUGUGCUAUGCAACACUCGGGUGGACCUUAUGGAGAAAAUAUUGCCGCAGGUAGUAGUGCAUCCUUGACUGGCACGGCUGCAGUACAACUAUGGGUGAAUGAGAAGGUUAAUUAUGACUACUACUCCAAUACUUGUGCUCCUAACAAGGUGUGUGGACAUUAUACUCAAGUUGUUUGGAGUAAUUCGGUUCAACUUGGAUGUGCUAGGGUUCAAUGUAAUAACGGUUGGUAUUUUGUUACUUGUAACUAUUAUCCUCGAGGUAAUUACGUUGGCCAGAAACCUUACUAAACUUACCAUAUGGAGCUUGUUAAAUUCUACCAAUAGGUGAGAUUUAUCUCACUAGAGUAUGUGGUAUCAAGCUGUUUAUUAAUUAUUAGCUCACUAGAGCAUUAUAUAUGUAACGCUUGUCGAGAGAAAAUUAAAUUAAAUAAGCAUGCUUGAUGUACAUGUACUAGCUACAUGGAUUCAAGUCAUGCUGAAGUUAUUACUGUUGUAAGAACCUGAUUUAUAAUUAAUCAAUUUUAAUUACUACGUUUAAUUGUUUCCUCUUUUGUUAUUUUUA